AUGGCCGACGUCUUCCCACCCUCCGAACCCGGUUCGGGUCCCGACGCGGCUCGGCGGUUCGCCCGGAAAGGGGCCCUUCGGCAGAAAAACGUGCACGAAGUCCGGGACCAUAAAUUCAUCGCGCGGUUCUUCAGGCAGCCCACCUUCUGCAGCCACUGCACCGACUUCAUCUGGGGCUUUGGAAAACAAGGGUUUCAAUGCCAAGUUUGCUGUUUUGUGGUUCACAAGAGGUGCCAUGAAUUUGUUACUUUUUCUUGUCCUGGAGCUGACAAGGGACCUGACACUGAUGAUCCCAGAAGCAAGCAUAAGUUCAAAAUCCACACAUAUGGGAGCCCAACAUUUUGUGACCAUUGUGGUUCAUUACUUUAUGGACUUCUGCACCAAGGGAUGAAAUGUGACACCUGUGAUAUGAACGUUCACAAACAAUGUGUAAUAAAUGUUCCAAGUCUUUGUGGAAUGGAUCACACGGAAAAAAGAGGGAGGAUUUAUUUGAAGGUUGAAGUGACUGGUGACAAGCUGGAAGUCACAGUGCGGGAUGCAAGAAAUCUAAUCCCUAUGGAUCCUAAUGGACUCUCAGACCCGUAUGUUAAACUGAAACUUAUUCCAGAUCCUAAGAAUGAAAGUAAACAGAAGACAAAAACCAUCCGCUCAACACUCAAUCCACACUGGAAUGAGUCCUUCACAUUUAAAUUAAAGCCCACCGACAAAGACAGAAGAUUAUCAGUGGAAGUCUGGGAUUGGGAUCGAACCACCAGGAAUGACUUCAUGGGAUCUCUUUCUUUUGGGGUGUCGGAACUGAUGAAGUCACCAGCUUGUGGGUGGUAUAAAUUACUUAACCAGGAAGAAGGCGAGUAUUAUAAUGUGCCAAUACCAGAAGCUGAUGACGUUGGAAAUGCAGAACUCAGACAGAAGUUUGAGAAAGCCAGGCUUGGCCCAUCAGCUAACAAAGUUAUAACUCCAAUUGAAGAUCGGACUUGUAACUUACCAUCCAAUAAUCUUGAUCAGGUUAAACUAACAGACUUCAGCUUUAUAAUGGUGCUUGGAAAAGGGAGCUUUGGGAAGGUGAUGCUCUCAGAACGAAAGGGAACAGAAGAAUUGUAUGCAGUCAAAAUAUUGAAAAAAGACGUGGUGAUUCAAGAUGAUGAUGUAGAGUGUACCAUGGUUGAAAAGCGAGUUCUAGCUUUGAUGGACAAGCCUCCUUUCUUAACGCAGCUUCAUUCUUGCUUCCAGACUGUGGAUCGCCUGUACUUUGUCAUGGAGUAUGUGAAUGGUGGUGACCUCAUGUAUCAUAUUCAGCAAGUAGGAAGAUUUAAGGAGCCCCAAGCAGUGUAA